UUCGUUACCGAUUUUGCAACCAUAAUCAUAAAUUACGGCUUUACUUAGCAGUGACACCUUGGCCAUGGACGGCUCUAGUUCGUGAAAACACACCUUAACGAAAGUUACUAAUGCGGUAGACAUGGUCAAAAUCGCAGUACUCGGCUGCGGGCUCAUGGGAGUCAAAAUUGCUGGUGAGAUGGCUUACCAUGGGCACCGUGUGAAGAUGUAUGACAGUAACAUUAACCAGUUAAAUAGCGUUUAUGAAAGGAUAGAAGAAGACAAGAGACAUUUGCGACGAGAAGGACUAAUGAGCCACAGGAAUUUUAUUGGUCAAGUUUUGUGCAUGAGUCUGCUGGAAGAGACGGUUAAUGAUGCAGACUUUAUCUUUGAGGCAGUAGUGGAUGAUUUGAAGGUUAAGCAGGAUAUAUUUGAAAGGGUAUCCCACUGUUGUACAUCUAAUGCAAUCAUUGCAUCCAAUACACUGAAUUUAGACAUGAGUCAGAUUGUUGAGAGAACAGCAUACAAGGAGAGAACGUUAGGACUGAGGUUUUUAUUUCCUGUGUACUACAUACCAGAGGUGGAAAUAACACCUGGCAAACAUACCUCUGCAGAAGUAAUAGAAAAAGUGAGAAUUCUGUUAGAGAAGAUGGGGAAGACAUUGUUCUUCAGAUCUGGUGGAGAGCCUCUAAUUUUAUCCGAAGAACAAAGAGAAGCAAGAAAAUUAGCUCGUAUUCAACAGAUCAAGAACCAGUCUGGUCUUGGCUACUUCUUUGAGAGUGCCAUCCCAGCUCUGGGCCACAGGGGGAACUUUGCCCCUCCUCAGGAUGAUGACACAGCCUCGUAUGUUAUGGAAGGCACAGAUCGUGAUUGUGCUAUCUGCAUGGACCACACGCGAGACUGUCUGCUGUGUCCCUGUCAUCACAUGGUCACGUGUCAAGACUGUGCCCGACUUUUGCUCAAUCGCAGAGACAGCUGUCCAAUAUGCAGGAAGGAAAUCACAGAAGUCAUCAAGGUUUAUCAUUCAUGAAAUACUAAGCAUCUUCUGAGUGCAUCAUUCACAUUGGCAUUUGUUGAGCAAGGAUGGGUGUUGACAGGUGCACAAUUAUGUACAUAAAGAUGGAUGUAUUAUAAUUAUGAGAAAAAAAAUGUCCCAGUGCACAUGUAAUUGUCCAUUUACCUGGACAGUGGUAAGAACUGUGAAGGCAAUAAGCUUUAAGGAGAAGAAAUUGAGUGCUUAGCUUAUUUAAAUUAUAUAUUACGCAUCACUUGAAUUUUUUUUGUAAAGGUGACAAUCUUUCUUGAACUUGCAUUAGAUCUGUUGGUUAUGGUAAAUUUUCUUAAAGAUAUACAAUUAGGUGUUUGUUGUCAAUCUGUUACAUGAACAUAUCUUUUUAACACUUGUUAAAGAUCUGUGCCAACAGUACAUACCCAUUUAAUAAGUAAAAAAAUUGGUUACCUUGACUAUUAUGAUAUCACAGUAUUGUUUGUUUAUCAUCAUUCAAAGUCUACUAGUACCACAUGCACAAAGUAUCAAGUAGUUAAAGGAACUAUGUUUUAAAUUGUCAUUUCUUUCAUGUCUCUUCAUCUUGUAAGUACCCAUUGUACUGUCAUUGUGUGUCUUAUUCUUAAAAGGAUCUGUACUUCUGUAUAGUCUAGUGCAAUAUUCCAUUUUUUUCUGUACUUCAGAAUCUGGUUUUAUAUUUUAGGAUAGAUGUUUCUCUCAUGGCUUUCUUUGUCUUUUAGCACUGAAUCUCCAUAUAAUGCUUAAUUAUCAUAGAAUACGCUAGUUUUUCUUGACGUUUUGCUGCCUCGUAGCGCACUUACGGGCACAAUUUCUGUCCAUUUCUUCCUCUUUUCUAUAUAAUUUCUCCAUUUGGAUUAUACAAAAUCUCUGCAGCUAGCCUGCCUUUAUUUUUAUGUCCAGAAUUUCUCUUGUAGACACAGGUUGUAGAGCUGCCUGUGCACGAGCUGUGUCACGUGUGUUGGCAAUGUUGUUGGUUGAUUGCACAUCUUGUGCUUGCAUCUCCUGGGUGCAGUGUAGGUUUGGCGUAUAUAUUUGAUGAGUAUUGGGGUCUAACACGAAUAAUUUUGCAGAUUUCCUUUGUCUGCCACAUAUUUCAUUGGCGCAAAUUUUAAAAUCCCACAUUGUGUGCACCUUUGUUCAUGUUUAUAGCCGUUCUGUGUUGAUACAUUAUUCUAUAUUAGUUUAUCAUUGCUGUCAAGUAAAAAAGUUUUACCCACUUACUUCAGGAGUCAGAUAAAUUCAUACUUAUUCACCACAGCUUUUCGCCCAACCUUACCCCAUCACCAUCUUGACCUUGACCUUGACCCCUCUAACAUGAAUAAUGGGUGGUAAAUAAUGGUGUGGGUUAUAAGGGAACUGUGCACUUAGAGUGUUUGGAUUGCUCUAUGUGUAUACUGGCCUUGUGGAAGGGGUAAGCAUACCAUAGGGCGCUGUUGAAGGGAUGUGUCUGGGGAAUAGGGUAGGGAGGAGGGGUGUUGAAGAGAUACGGAGAGAUAAGGCCCAAGAUUUGAUGGGUGCAGGGGUGAACAGUGAUGGUUGAUUUAAGGGCCAACGGCUAGGUUGAAGGGGGGGUAAGCCAGGUAUGACAGAAACAGGAGUGACACUGACAAGUUAAAGUUCAUUAGCAGGUGCACAGUCUGCAUUAUGAGCUUUUGGUGUAGAAAUGAGAGGCUCUGAUGAAUGACAGGCAGUUUGAGUGGAGUCUGUGUUGAGAAGUUUAGAUGUGAAGGUGCUGUAGCAGUUGUGGGAGUCAGAGCCAAGUGGAGAAGAGAUGUAAUAAUGUUUACGACGGCAGCUGGAGGAAGCAGCUCAACGGUGACCCCUUAUCUUGAUAUAUCAGAUUAUUGGCAGGCAAUAAUGUUUAUUAAUGGAUAGAGCACAUUCCGCUUUUUUUGCCAAACCAGUUGGGGACAAAUCACCCAAAUCCUAACAUAGAACUGUCUUUCUUCGAAUGCGUUUACUUCUUUUGUCAUGGCGUCCUCCAACAGUUUUUCAUAGUGCACAGUAUAUGCUGAUUGAUAUUUUAUGUUGUACUGCUCACAAGUUGUUUUUACAAUGUGCAGGUUACUGAAUUCAGCCAUAGAGUUAACAAUUUUGUUGUGACAUGCAGUAGCUGAAUGUAGUGCUAAACUCUUUGAGUCUGUCAAUGUUUUAAAGACAGUCUCAGUGGGUUAGAUUAAUGUAUAGAAGCAGGUUCUAUGUAAAGCUUUGAUCAGAUUUGUGU